GUGGGGGGGGUGCGGUUGCCGCCGGGCAUUCCGUGGUAGUUUGAUCCAGUUCCGCGUUUUGCGGGCCCUUUCUAAUGUCAGAGACUUAAGCUUGGGCUUCUUGGGACCCGACGGUCCGGUUACGGGAAAAGAAUCCUCGUUGGAGAGCAGAGCCUGAAAAAGGACUGAACGGGGUGACUUCUUGGCUCCUGAAAGCAAAGCUCCACCUGACAGUGUUCCAGGCACGAUUCUGCCUUCUCUCAAAUGGCAUAACUCAGGACUCUGCAAAUUCCCAGAAACAGGAGGAAAAAUGACCACAUUCAAGGAGGGACUGACCUUCAAGGACGUGGCUGUGGUCUUCACUGAGGAGGAGCUGGGGCUGCUGGACCCUGUCCAGAGGAAUCUGUACAGAGAUGUGAUGCUGGAGAACUUCAGGAACCUGCUCUCAGUGGAGAGAAGAGGAAACGUUGCUAAGAAAAUUUUAAGGAGGAAGAUGAGGGGUUGGUCUUGUUGGCUCAGGGAUGACAGAGAUAGAAGAAAAUCCAUGUCAGACAAGAUCCAAAGUGAGAUGGAGGCAGGACCACAUGAAGAGCUUUCCUGGGGGCAAAUCUGGAAACAGAUUGCAAGUGAUUUAGUCAAGUAUGAAGACUCUAUGAUAAAUAUUUCUCAGUUCCCCAAACAAGGUGAUUUGUCUUGCCAGAUUAGGGCAGGACUAUAUACAACUCACAUGGAACAGAAGCUUUACCAAUCUAAUGAGGACAAAAAGCCCUUCACUGAUGCCUGCAACUUUGACCUUCAUCAACAGUUAUACCCAGGAGAGAAGUCUCAUACAUGUGAUGAGUGUGGAAAAAGCUUCUGUUACAUCUCAGCACUUCAUAUUCAUCAGAGAGUCCACAUGGGAGAGAAACGCUAUAAGUGUGAUGUGUGUGGUAAGGAAUUUAGUCAAAGCUCACAUCUGCAAACUCAUCAGAGAGUCCAUACUGUAGAGAAACCAUUCAAAUGUGUGGAAUGUGGGAAAGGCUUCAGUCGUAGAUCAACACUUACUGUGCAUUGCAAAUUACACACAGGAGAGAAACCUUACAAUUGUGAGGAAUGUGGGAGGGCCUUCAUACAUGCUUCCCAUCUUCAGGAACAUCAGCGAAUCCAUACUGGGGAGAAACCAUUCAAAUGUGAUACAUGUGGUAAGAACUUCCGUCGUAGAUCAGCACUUAAUAAUCAUUGCAUGGUCCACACAGGAGAGAAACCAUACAAAUGUGAGGACUGUGGUAAGUGUUUCACUUGUAGCUCAAACCUUCGUAUCCAUCAAAGGGUCCACACAGGAGAGAAACCUUACAAGUGUGAAGAAUGUGGUAAGUGCUUUAUUCAGCCUUCACAAUUUCAGGCCCAUCGGAGAAUCCACACUGGAGAGAAACCAUAUGUAUGUAAAGUGUGUGGUAAGGGUUUCAUUUACAGUUCAAGUUUUCAGGCCCAUCAGGGAGUCCACACUGGAGAGAAGCCGUACAAAUGCAAUGAGUGUGAGAAGAGCUUCAGAAUGAAAAUUCAUUAUCAAGUACAUCUGGUGGUCCACACAGGGGAGAAGCCCUAUAAAUGUGAGGUAUGUGGAAAAGCCUUCCGUCAGAGUUCAUAUCUUAAAAUCCAUCUGAAAGCACAUAGUGUACAGAAACCUUAUAAGUGUGAGGAGUGUGGGCAGGGCUUCAAUCAGAGCUCACGACUUCAGAUUCACCAGCUGAUCCAUACCGGCGAGAAACCAUACAAAUGUGAAGAGUGCGGAAAGGGAUUCAGUCGUAGAGCAGAUCUUAAAAUUCAUUGUAGGAUCCACACUGGAGAGAAGCCAUAUAAUUGUGAGGAGUGUGGGAAGGUCUUCAGUCAGGCCUCACAUCUUCUGACCCAUCAGAGAGUUCACAGUGGGGAAAAACCAUUCAAAUGUGAAGAGUGUGGGAAGAGCUUCAGUCGGAGUGCACACCUUCAAGCCCAUCAAAAAGUCCACACUGGAGAAAAGCCAUACAAAUGUGGGGAGUGUGGAAAGGGCUUCAAGUGGAGCUUGAACCUUGACAUGCAUCAGAGGGUGCACACUGGAGAAAAGCCAUAUACAUGUGGGGAGUGUGGGAAGCACUUCAGUCAGGCCUCAAGUCUCCAACUUCAUCAGAGUGUCCACACGGGAGAGAAACCGUACAAAUGUGAUGUGUGUAGUAAAGUCUUCAGUCGGUCUUCACAACUACAGUAUCAUAGGCGAGUUCACACUGGGGAGAAACCUUACAAAUGUGCAAUAUGUGGUAAGAGCUUUAGCUGGCGAUCAAAUCUUGUAAGUCAUCACAAAAUUCAUGCUGCUGGUAUAUUCUAUGAAAAUGAUGACAGUAAGGCCGGGCGCGGUGGCUCAAGCCUGUAAUCCCAGCACUUCAGGAGGCCAAGGCGGGGGUGGUUCAUGUGGUCAAGAGAUCGAGACCAUCCUGGUCAACAUGGUGAAACCCUGUCUCUACUAAAAAUACAAAAAAUUAGCUAGGCAUGGUGGCGCGUGCCUGUAAUCCCAGCUACUCAGGAUGCUGAGGCAGGAGAAUUGCCUCAACCCAGGAGGUGGAGGUUGCGGUGAGCUGAGAUCGCGCCAUUGCACUCCAGCCUGGGUAACAAGAGCGAAACUCUGCCUCAAAAAAAAAAAAAAAAAAAAAAAAAAGAAAAUGAUGUCAGUAGUAAGAAUAUCAGAGAGUUGUCAGAGAAAGGAAGUUUGACAAGGUGAUUAAAACAAAACUAAUGUACAACCUGAAUGCUUGUAAUCAGAUUUCAUAGGAGAGAAAAACUUUAUCAGCUUCCUUGAAUUUACGUGAUUUGUAACGCUCCACAUUUCCAUCUAGACUUUUUUUUUUUUUUAACUCAGUCUCACUCUCUUGCUCAUGCUGGAUGCAGUGGUGCAAUCUCAGCUCACUGCAACCUCCACCUCCUUCCAGUGAUUCUCCUGCCUCAGCCUCCUGAGUGGCUGGGAUUAGAGAUAGGCACAUGCCACCACACCUGCAUAAUUUUUGUAUUUUUAGUAGAGACAAGGUUUCACCAUGUUGGCCAGACUGGUCUUGAACUCCUGACCUCAUGUGUUCCACCUGCCUCCGCCUCCCGAAGUGCUGGGAUUACAGGCAUGAGCCACCGCACUUGGCCUUUAUCUAGACUUUGAAAUGAUUGCCUUAUAAUUACUGUAGCAUUCUCUUAUUUAAAAUAUUUGUUUUGUUUAAGGCAGUGUUUAAGCAAUAGCUCAACAUAUCCCAGUGGUCCAGUGACCACACAGCUGUGAACCGUUGUUAAGUGGUACAAUAAAGAAUUCUGUUAAAACUUUGACAUUUAUGGGAUGUCACCUAGGAAACAGGACUUAGAAAAUGGGUUUGACCUGGGCUUUAGAAAAGUAUCCUAAUGAAGGUGCCAGAAUUGAUGUCCAUUAGACUGUAAGCUCCACGGGGGCAGGAACUUUGGGGCUGAAUCUAUAUAACCUUAACAUUGAUUAGUGCUUCUGGUGUGCUCAAUACUUGUUUGUUAAGUGAAUCAAAAGGAGUAAAUAUACAAUAUUUGAAAAUUGUACCCAGAGGAAGAAGCCUGCGAAAUAAAAUUAUUUGGGGGAAAUGAA